AUGCGCGAGAGGGGAACCACUGCUGGCAAAGAGGGGGAUCGGUGGCGGAUGGGCGGCUGCUCGCAGACUGAGCUCGCGACUUCCCCUCCACUCCACAUGAUCAGCGGGCUACUGCGCAUCGUUGGGCCGAAGACCACUUGGGGUACUAUAACCAUGGAGAACAAAUCCAUAGAGGCUUGGCUGGCGGAAACUGAAGACAUCCCAUCUGACCCUGAAUCAGAGGACGACGAAGAUCAAGUAUACCCGGAUGUUGCUGAAGGAAUAUACACAGUUGCAGAAAAUGGAAUCUUAGAGGUAGAUUAUUUGGACCUAGCCCAAACAGCUGAAGGUAAUGAAAUCCCGAUUUUAAUUAUUAAUGAAAAUGACUUUCAAGAUAAUCAUAGUGCAGAGGGGGUAGAGCCUGGCAUUCCCGAAGGUAAUGCAGUCUUGGACGUUCAAAAUCAGCCUAUGGACGUUCAAUUUGAUGAGGACUCUGAGCCUUUGGCUAACAGACUUUACAAAGAUAGUGUUACGUGGUAUCAAAAGUACUACUCACCCAAUAAGUCGUAUGAUUUCAAUGAACGCACAGGUCCCCUAAUUGACGCUUCAACCCCAGUUGAUGUGUUUUCAGCUCUUUUUCCCGACGAUCUAGUUGACAAACUUGUGUUUGAAACCAAUUUUUACGCUACCCAAAUAGGUGGGGGCGUUAUCAGAUUUCCAACAACAAGGAAAGAAAUGAAAGUGUUUCUAGGCCUAAAUAUCCUAAUGGGAAUAAAAAAACUUCCCUCCUACCGUGAUUACUGGUCUUCAGAGGCAGAUUUGAGAGAUGACUACAUAUCUUCAUACAUGUCUGUGAACAGAUUUGGCUGGCUUUUAACAAAUUUACAUAUAAACAAUAAUAAUGACAUGCCCGAACGAGAUUCUCCUAAUUAUGACAAACUAUAUAAGAUCAGGCCUCUCCUAAACAAGCUUCAAGAAACCUACAAAGCAUGCUAUGCUCCAUCUCGAUUUCAAUCAAUUGAUGAGAGCAUGAUUCCAUUCAAAGGUCGGAGUGGAAUCAAGCAAUAUAUGCCAGAUAAGCCAACCAAACGUGGGUACAAAGUUUGGGUGAGGGCUGAUGAAAAAGGCUUUAUCAGCCAAUUUCAAAUCUACGAAGGUAAAAGGGCUGGAAUAGUUGAAAAGAAUCUUGGGCAAAGGAAAAACAAUAUUCAAGCUUGUGGUACAACAAGAGCUGACAGACAAUUUUUUCCAAAAGAGUGUUUGCCUGAAGGGAAACAUAUGAAUCAAGGAGAACAUGACUUCAUGUCAACUAUGACUGGAAUUGUAGCUGUCGAAUGGAAAGACAAGAGAGGUAUCUACUUUCUUUCUAAUUACCACAAUCCUAACGAAGUGACAACUGUAAACAGAAAACAGGCAAACGGUGAAAUUGUAGCUGUUCCAUGCCCUAUAUUAGUAAAGGACUACAAUGCUCACAUGGGCUAUGUCGAUAAGGCAGACAUGUUGAAAUCUACCUACUCAAUAGAUCGCAAGUCCAAAAAGUGGUGGCACAUAAUCUUCUGGCACUUUCUGGACACAACCAUAGUAAACUCUUUUAUCAUAUUUUCAAUGCUAUCCCAGGGAAAACCACUGACACUAAAAGAGUUUAGGAGAAGCGUGUCAAAAGCCCAUCUGGGAGUACAUCGUGGAGAAACUAGAGGAAGACGAAGUUCUUCAACUCCAAUCAACAACUACAAACCAAAGGUUCCACAAGAACUUCGUUUUACGGAAAAUGCACACAUGCCAGUAAGAGGAACGUCUCGACGUUGUGCUCAAUGCUCCAGCAAAGAAGAAGUUCAUCGGUCGAAAUGG